AUGGCGUCAAACCCUCAAGUCGCAGAUGCUAUAUCGAAAGCUGAAUCUGCUUCCGGCGAAAAAGCCCCGGUCUACGAGCAGUUUCUACCAAACCUCAAGAAUCUCUCGCCUCCACCCACCGCCGACGAUCUCAAUGCUAUCGUCGACUCUUUCUUCGGCCAGGCGCUCGGCGUCGUAGCCACACGAACACUUCUCGCAUCUUUCAUCGCGACACUUCGAGAGUUACCGAACGAGGAUGACCUGUGGAUCGAGGUUGGAAACUGCACGCUCGACACCAUUGCCGCUCAGCCUUCGUCAUCAUCUUUCGUCGAUGCCGGUGCCACACUCCGAGAGCUCAUUGCUACUGCCCACGAGAAGAAUGAAGACUUCCUCGAUGCCGCCAAAACACUCGCCGAUAUCCCACUAGAUAGCUCCCAGCGCAAGGUCACCGACGAGGAGAAGGCGCGAACAUGGGUCCGGAUCGUACGAAACUACCUCGAGGUGGACGACUCUACUGCCGCCGAGAUGUAUAUCAAUAAGCUCAAGAACAUAAUGCACUCAGUCUCUGAUCAAGAACUGAACCUGCACUUUAAGCUGUCGCAGGCUCGUAUUCUUGAUGCUCAGCGUGACUUCUUGUCUGCAUCUCAGCGAUAUCACGAAAUCAGCUUCUUCCCCGCCAUCGACGAGGACGAUCGUGUGCACACCCUUAGCAUGGCUAUCAAGUGUGCUGUUCUGGCCCCCGCAGGUCCCAUGAGAAAUCGCACAUUGGGUCGUCUGUACAAGGACGAGCGCUCAUCUCAGCUGGAAGAGUUUGGUAUUUUGGAGAAGAUGUUCCUUGAUCGACUAUUGUCUCCUCAGGAAGUAGAAAAGUUUGCUGAGGGUCUGCAACCACAUCAGCUGGCGACAACGUCCGACGGAUCAACAGUACUUGCCAAGGCUGUUGUUGAACAUAACCUUCUCGGUGCCUCAAGACUAUACAGAAACAUUAGAUUCGAGGCCUUGGGAUCACUGUUGGGACUGGAUGCCGAUAAGGCGGAGGAAACUACAGCUCGUAUGAUCGAACAAGGCCGCCUGGUAGGUCGAAUGGACCAACUUGACAGAAUCGUGUACUUCGAGGGCGGUGAAGCCUCAGGAGAGAAGGGAAGUGGACGAGCUGAAGUUACCGUCGGCAAGGAAAUGCGAACAUGGGAUGCCAAUGUCCAAAGUCUGGCCGAGGAAGUGGAAAACGUCACCAACGCGCUGCAAAAGGAGUUUCCUGAAUUUGUUGCCGCAAACCGCAAGGAAUGA